CACACUUGUAGCAUUGGACUUCGUUGAAGAAAACUUUAGGAAAUGCAACAAACAUUGAGCUGAUCCGCAUGUCAGAGCAAAGAGAGCAGCUGCAAGACAGACAGCAGCUAGGAGAGGAGGAUCGAUCGACGACAAAAGGUGAUGCUGGCACCACCAAAAUGGAGCCUCUCUCAGAGGAAGUUGAUACUUUAGAAACACUUGUUGACCAAGUAAUGUCAACCGCUCCGGACCUUGUAAUCACCGAAACCAAAGGCGACAGUACUACUCCAGAGUCAGAACUCCAUCGUGUACAGUCAUGCUCGUCGUUGCUGGACGCGUAUCUUGGUCUCCCAACCAUUCCUGAGGACGACAACGAAGAGAAUGUAAUUGAAACCCACGUCGGUGGUGACUCUGCCAUGUCCCCGCUGACUCCCGAAGUAUCACUUUUCGCCCCUGUCUACCUUCGCACCACAUCUUUGGCACAUUUGCAAACUCUAUGUGCAACGUUGGAAGAACUCAAAGCUAUCAAGGCAAAGUUGGCAACAGCUGGACCCGUUGUCGAGGAAGAUUCCGAGUCGAAUCGGUCUUCCUUUACGACUUGCAAUAGUCGUACCAGCACAUUGGUGGAGGACGUGGAACCUGAGGAUACGACUCAAAAGAGUGGCAGCGCGGCAGCUGAUGCGGAGGCAGUCGGCAGAACGAUGCAGUAUCAUCAAGGGGAUGGAAUUGUCGGCAGACACGGACGCACACUACCCACCAUAGCGGAAGAUGAAACUCCACCCUCAUCCCCGGUACCUAUACAUCGCAUCUUUUUCGAAGAUGAGAAAAAUGAACCUACGCAUCCCCCGCCCUCCGCACCAUUACCUCCUAUUGUGGAAGACAAGUCCACAGAGCUUACCGCUUCAGAAGAGCAAAGUGCGGGAUCUGUGCGAUCACCGCUGUCUCAACCCGUAGAUCAUCAAGCUCAUCAAACUGCUCCCCCACUUGCGCCACUGCCAACUCCGCCAUCGAGCCCGUCAGAAAUGGCAGCUCUCCAACUUCCAUCUUCACAGAGCAGUACCGAGGCAGUGUCUCCCAUUUCGUCGCCAUUGAUUACCUCGUUUCCCACUCCGCCCCGUUCAAAUUCGAAAGCUCUAAAGACCCUUGGUAUCAUUACUGAUGCUGAUCAUGGAAUUGCAAUCAAUGAAAAGGCGAUGCGCAUUUUAGGGAUGAGCGAUGACUCGGCUCUCGACAAGUCUCCAACAAGGAUGAACAUUAGAACCCUCAGAAGGUCAAAAACGGAGUCUUUCAUAAUUGGUGGUUCUUUGGAGCGUCCGAAAAGGGUCAGCAAGCCGCUGCCGGACACGCCUUGGUCUCCUGUCGCUCCAGAGGCGAAUUCCACUGCAACUAGUGACGAUGCAAACAUGCCUAAUAUGCUUGCAAAAUCUGCUAUGGCAGCCAAUCAGGAGGGGACGGAAUCGUCUGGUAUUGAAACGGUUACAGUGAGUGAAGAAUCACUUGACGCACCACAGCCGCCCCCGAAGCCAUCACCCAAAUCCCCGGUUUCUCCCGUCGCAUCAGAGACAAUACCAACCCCGCCGAGAUCAAAUACAAAGGCUCUUAAGACGCUCGGGAUUAUAUCUGAAAGGGAAGCUGGUUCAGGAAUAGUGGUCAAUCAAAAGGCAAUGAAAAUACUGGGCAUGGACGAUGAUGCAGGUAAUAUCAAAAUCGCCUCAAUCAGCGGCGAGUCGCUGGACCGACCACAACCGCACCCCAAGUCAUCGCCCAAAGCUCCCUUGUCUUCCAUCACCUUAGAGACGAGCCCAACCCCACCACGGUCAAACACAAAGGCUCUUAAGACGCUUGGAAUACUCGCUGAUGAUGAAGCGGACAACAAAUUGUUAGUAAAUCAGAAGGCCAUGAAAGUUUUGGGCAUGGAUGACGAGAAUGGCAGCUCGAAAAGCGCUGCGAGGACGUCCAUUAUUUUGGGAGGUACACUGGAGAGGACCAAGCGCUUCAGUUCUACGGGGACAUUGAACAGGAUAUCCAAAUCUGUCGAUGAAGCCAUCAAGAAUAGCAAAGCCAUCAGGCGGUUUUCGCUUAACUCAUCCGCUCCAGCUACGGUCACUCCGAAAGUGUUGUCCGCGAUCAAUCCUGUUGAGCAAGCUUCACAUCAAAUCAUCUUCUCUGGAUUUCUCCAUACGACAAAGCAUCCCCCACAAAACUUUAUUCGCUCAUGGAAACGCCGAUAUUGCGUGCUGACUCCUGGGUUUCUCUACCUGUAUCAUGAGCCGCGUGUCCCAGACCCGAUCAAGGAUAAGGACGCGAGUGAUGUUUUGUACGUCGGAGUUGGCACAGAAGUCAAAAUUACGGAGGAAGGACGAGGAAGGGGCUCACGAGCAGGUUUUGGAUUUUCCGUCAAGAGUGGGGCGAAGGUUUGGUACUUUUGGUGCGAUGACAUGCAAUGGUUUGGGGUUGUCGAUGCGUUUUCCAAGGAGCUAAGUCCCAAAAAAGCAUCAUUGGGGAGGCCAAAGAGUGCAGAAUCUGAAAAGAGUCCCAUUACGUUGAAGAGGGAGGAUUCAGGCGUUUCGACCUCAUCUGCGCGUCUACUUUUGACUAGCAAGCUGAGUCCGGACCCAAUGUCACCAGCAUCCCCGCCACCAACUGCUCCACUUCCCCCGGUUCCGCCCAAAACGUCGUUGGAAGAUCAAUUCAAUCCCUGGCGACACACCAUCCAGUCGGGGAUAUUACCCCAUCCAAGAGCCGUAAUGCGAAGAGCGUCGACACCAAAUGUGUCCUUCCCACACCAAUCCAUCUCCGCUCCAGUUCCUUCCUUACCAUCCAACUAUCACCGACACUCGGAUGAAAUCCGAAGCCAUUCGCUGCCGCGAACAUCAUCCAAUCGCGCAACGAUCAAUUCAGCAAUCAACUUGUUGGACAGUAUGCUUGCCGAGGAGCAGAAGCGGGAGAGCGUGUCAACUCUUUCAGUGUGAUGGGUCGAUUCAUGAAACUUUCUUCUUGUAUAUUCUCUUAGUCCAUCAUUUGUGUGUAUUGUAUAGUUCAUUUUUGUUCUUUUUAGAACACGUUCUCUUUUGGUUUGGAUUUUGUAGACGGACACACUGUAGCCUAGAUAUGUUUAGAGUUUUUUCACCAAUAAAAACGCUUAUGAAGGUAA